UUUAGGCAAGCCGUCAGAACCAAAGUUUGCUGUCGGAGAAAGUGUCAGGAUCUCGAAGUACAAAUCAGUGUUCACAAAAGGGUACGAAGCAAAUUUCACAGAGGAGUUGUUCACUGUGACGGAAGUGUAUCACGGCCAUCCAAACACGUACACAAUAAAAGACAGUGCUGAUGAACCAAUAAUUGGCAGAUUCUAUGAACAAGAACUGUAUAGCGCUGAAGGAAGAGAACCUGAUUUUAGAAUAGAGAAAGUAUUAAGGAGAAGAACAGUGAAGGGUAAAAAGAUGGCUCUCAUUAAGUGGUUAGGUUACGAUGACAAAUUUAACAGUUGGAUACCAGCUGGAGACAUCAAGUCCCUAACAUAA